AUGCCUAAUGAAUGGAAAAACGGCCUCUGCAGCUGCAUGCCUUGUGGACUGUGCAUGAAGAGUUACUUCUGUCCUUGUAUUCUCGUCGGUCAAAAUCACGCUCGAAUCCACAAAGGAACGCAAAAAGAAGAUGCUUGUAGUGGGUGGUGCGCAGGAUGGUGUGGAUUGACGAGUUGUCUUGGUCUUGGAUGGAUUUUACAAAUGAUGGAUCGUAUGGAGAUGCAAGAUAAACAUAAUCUCGAAGGUGGUGGUUGUGGUGCUUGCUGCAAGUCCUUCUGGUGUGGAUGCUGCAUGAACAUUCAGAUGUCGAAGGAACUCGAUUAUAUUCAACUCCAGCAGCAACAGGGUGGUUAUGCUAGCAACCAGGGGAUGGUUGCGAAGCCUCAACAGUAUCACGGUUAA